GUCUUGGACCGAUAUUUAGUCAACAUUCAUAAUCUGUUUUCUACAACACUGAACAAAAAUACAUUGAGUUCUAUCAGUGAAGUUGUUUUUUUGAACCAUUUACAUGCAGCCUGGUCUAGGCCAAUUGAUGCCAUGUAGUGUCCUGCAAACCUUUGCCCUGUUGUUGGAGUGGUGAGACAGCCUUUGAGACAACCAGCAAGCCACUUUGCUCGCCAUCUCCACUAUGGGCUUCUGGAUACUGGUGUUUGUUUGCUGCAGAUGAGAAAAUGGCGGCUUCCUGGGCGGCAUGAGAAGUAGCCAAAGACAGUACUAGCUUCUCAUUUUAACUGAUGUAAUUAUCUGGGUGCAAAUUCUUAAAUUGAGUCCCGCUCUCGAGACUUUUGAUUAGUUACAAUUAACGUAGGAACUUCAUCUCCCGGCACAAUGGCAUCUGGCUCAGUCCUGCAGCCACGGUGGAAGCGGGUUUUGGGUUGGUCCGGUCCUGUCCCCCGGCCCAGACAUGGGCACCGUGCGGUUGCAAUCAAAGAAUUGAUGGUCGUUUUCGGGGGGGGCAAUGAAGGAAUUGUGGAUGAGUUGCACGUUUAUAACACAGCGACCAACCAGUGGUUCAUUCCUGCUGUCCGUGGUGAUAUCCCGCCUGGCUGUGCUGCGUAUGGUUUUGUGUGCGACGGCACUAGGCUGCUGGUGUUCGGAGGGAUGGUGGAGUAUGGCAAAUACAGCAACGAUCUGUAUGAACUGCAGGCUAGCCGCUGGGAGUGGAAGCGUCUGAAGGCCAAAUCUCCUAAGAACGGCCCUCCUCCCUGUCCCCGUCUGGGCCACAGCUUCUCCCUGGUAGGGAACAAAUGCUACCUCUUCGGAGGACUGGCUAACGACAGCGAGGACCCCAAGAACAACAUCCCCAGAUACCUGAAUGAUCUGUAUACGUUGGAGCUGCGUGCCGGCUCCAGUGUGGUGGGCUGGGACAUCCCCAUCACCUACGGGGUGUUGCCCCCGCCCAGAGAGAGCCACACCGCCGUCGUCUACACAGAGAAGUCCCGUCUGGUCAUCUAUGGAGGCAUGAGUGGUUGUCGUCUGGGGGAUCUGUGGAUCUUAGACAUAGACACACUCACAUGGAAUAAGCCCUCGAUCAACGGAACAGCUCCUCUUCCUCGCAGUCUCCACUCUGCCACAACUAUCACCAACAAGAUGUACGUGUUCGGAGGCUGGGUUCCCCUGGUGAUGGAUGACGUCAAAGUAGCGACACACGAGAAGGAGUGGAAGUGCACCAACACACUGGCCUGUCUCAACCUAGACUCGAUGGUGUGGGAGUCAGUUCUACUGGACUCUCUAGAGGAUAAUAUCCCCAGGGCCCGAGCUGGACACUGCUCCGUGGCCAUCAACUCACGCCUCUACGUCUGGAGCGGACGGGACGGCUACCGCAAGGCCUGGAACAACCAGGUGUGCUGUAAGGACCUCUGGUACCUGGAGACAGAGAAGCCCCGCCCCCCGUCGAGGGUGCAGCUGGUGAGAGCUAACACCAGUAGCCUGGAAGUGAGCUGGGGGGCGGUACCUACUGCAGACACCUACCUGUUACAGCUGCAGAAAUACGAUAUCCCCCCCGCCCCGGCCGCCACCACGACCGGCGUCAGCCCCGCAACGCCACUGCCAGUCAAUUCCUCCCCCAAAAGCCCCGUCUCGGCCUCGGCAGUGUCCGCCCAGGGCCACCCUCUCCAGGGCAUCACCCUGGUCCCCUCCAUACCUGGGAGUCCAGUUCCUGCUCGCGGACCAGCUAUUCUUAAGGUGUCUGCUCCCCAAUCCACCACAGGCGCCUCCAUCGUCACGGUGAGACAGGCCAACCAGGGCGGGAAAUCCCCUGUCAUGGUUACAUCACUUCCUGCUGGGGUCCGAAUGGUGGUGCCGGCCCAGGUCGCACAGGGAACCCCAAUGGGCAGCAGCCCUCAGAUGAGUGGCAUGGCUGCGUUGGCUGCAGCAGCUGCGGCCACCCAGAAGAUCCCGCCCUCCACGGCCACCAUGCAGCUGCCAGCCGGUGCCACCAUAGUCAAGACGGUAGCCAUGAGCCCUGGCGCACAGACUGUCAAAGUAGCUUCGCCUGUUAUGAUUAGUAACCCAGCUACUCGCAUGCUGAAGACUGCUGCGGCUCAGGUGGGCACGUCAGGUGUCGCCACACCCGGAACGCCCAAUCGGCCAAUCAUCACCGUGCACAAGUCUGGCACGGUGACAGUUGCCCAGCAACACCAGGUGGUUACCACGGUAGUGGGAGGAGUCACCAAGACCAUCACUCUGGUUAAGAGUCCCCUCACUCUGGGGGGAGGUGGCACGCUGCUGACCGCGGCCAACCAGGGUCAAAACAAAGUGAUGUCUGGGAAGGACGUGCAGCAUUGGCUGUCUAACCUGUCCAACCUGGGGAAGGUGAUGUCCGUGGUCCAGACCAAGCCUGGUCAGACAGGAGCGGUGACAGGACAGGCUGGCUCCAGCCUCCAGCACAUCCUACAGACGAAGGGUCCUCUUCCGGCGGGUACUAUCCUGAAGCUGGUGACGUCAGCCGACGGCACGCCCACCACCAUCAUCACCACUUCCAAGGCCGGGGCCACCGUAGGGGGCAAGCCCACCAUCUUGUCCUACAGCAGCAUGCCUACUUCCACCUCCAAGCCGGGCACCCACAUUAUCAAGACCAUACCCAUGUCCUCCAUCGGACAAACUGGAGUGACAGGAAGUGGUAUGAAGUCCCCCAUUACCAUCAUUACCACUAAGAUGAUGACACCAGGCACCGGGACACCAGGCAAGAUCAUCAGCGCAAUGCCCAGAACUGGGGCUGGUCAGCAGGGACUCACACAGGUGGUGCUGAAGGGUGCCCCAGGACAACCCGGAACUAUUUUACGGACCGUCCCCAUGGGAGGUGUACGUCUCGUCUCCCCGGUAACGGUUUCCGGUGUCAAACCUAACGUCACCACCCUGGUCGUCAAGGGAACCACAGGUGUGACUACGUUGGGUACGGUGACUGGCACAGUGUCGACCAGCCUGGCAGGAGGAAGUGUUGCCACCGUUGCUCCUAUCACCACCUUGGGCACCAUGACGACCCUGCCAGGACAGGUCACUGUCUCCGCAGCACAGGCAGGAGGCCAGGCCACCCAGGUGACCUUAAUCACUUCCCCUAGCGGUGUGGAGGCGCAGCCUGUCCAUGACCUUCCUGUCUCCAUCCUGUCGUCCCCCACCUCCGCCGACCCCUCCUCCACCCAGCCUGAGGCAGGCGACCCAGGCACAGUGACCCUGGUCUGCUCAAAUCCCCCUUGCGAGACCCACGAGACCGGCACCACCAAUACAGCUACCACGGCCUCCGCUAACAUGACUGGUAACGGUGGGGUGGAGAGGGUCUGCUCAAACCCGCCGUGUGAAACCCACGAGACCGGCACCACCAACACUCAAACGACAGCGUCCUCCAACAUGGGCCAGGUACAGCAGGUGUGCACCAACCCGCCGUCCGAGACCCACGAUACAGGUACCACCAACACCCAGACCACAGCCAGCUGUAACAUGGGAUCUAACCAGCAACAACAAGGCUCCAACCAGCAACAACAAGGCUCCAACCAGCAACAACAAGGCUCCAGCGUAACCAAAAACACCACCUGCGGGUCUGAUUCCCCGUCCUCUCCGCCCCCCUCCUCCUCCGGAGACCUCUCCCCCUUGUCUGUUUCUGGUACCAGCUCUGUGCCCGGGGUGCUGCGACCGGAGACUCUGAGAACAGGGACCACCUACACCUCCACCACCGCACGCUCUAACAUGGGCUCUGACCAGAUGGGGAUGACGCUCAGCUCCUCGUCCUCAGAUAACCAGAGUAAGUCAUCCAGUGGAGGAGGAGGAGGAGGAGGAGGAUCCCCCCUCACCUCUCCUGUCUGCUCCAAUCCACCUUGUGAAACACACAAGACUGGCCCCACUGAGGCCGGAGCUGGAGGAGGAGUAGGAGAAGGAGGAGAAACACACGAGACUGGCACUACCACUACGUCGACGCAGGCCAACUCCAGUAUGGGCAUCGGGCAGACGACAGGGACAGUGCAGAGGGUGUGUUCCAAUCCUCCGUGUGAGACACACGAAACAGGGACGACCAACACCCCGUCUCAGACCACGUCCAACCUGACAGGGACGGGCACGGUCCAGAGGGUGUGUUCCAAUCCACCGUGUGAGACACACGAAACGGGAACCACCAACACCCCUUCUCAGACUACGUCCAACCUGACAGGGACGGGCACGGUCCAGAGGGUGUGUUCCAAUCCACCGUGUGAGACACAUGAAACGGGCACCACCAACACAGCUACCACAGCCCAGCCUGGUGACUCGACACAAGGAGACAACGGAACUCAAGAGGCUCCCUCGUCGUCCUCGGCAACCACCGAGUCCAGCGCAUCGACGACAUCUGGCAGAGCCGUCACCACGGUUACUCAAUCCACGCCCACACCUGGGCCCUGCGUACCUGAGAUCUCAUCAAUGUCUGGGUCGUCCGAGGCGGUGGCAUCGAGGGCUGAAGAGGAAGAGGAGGCCAUGCAGACCGACUCUCUCCCAGAGGGCACAGUGAGGGUUGUGACCCUGGAAGAGGCUGCUGCAGCUGGGAUACAUGUCCAUGUGGAGGACAUGGAGGAACAGAACCAAGGGGAGCAGGAGGGCCUGCCUGCGGAGCUGAUGUCUGAAGGUGGCUCGGGGGGCCAGCAGACCCUGAUGGUGACGGGUUUAACCCCCGAGGAGCUGGCUGUUACCGCUGCAGCCGAGCAGGCAGCACAACACGCUGCGACUGAGGAGGCCCAGGCCAAGGCCAUACAGGCUGUCCUGCAGGCCGCACAGCACGCUGUCAUGAAUGAUGGAGACGGUGGGCAUCACACCACCACCAUCCCCAUUGUGUUGACUCAGGCUGAGCUGGCAGCCCUGGUACAACAACAGCAGCAGCUGCAGGAGGCCCAGGCUCUUGCUCAGGCCCAGGCUCUUGCUCAGGCCCAGGCUCUUGCUCAGGCCCAGGCUCUUGCUCAGGCCCAGGCUCUUGCUCAGGCCCAGGCAGCAGCAGCACUACACAACCAGGCAGCAGCACAACACAACCAGCCCACCGAGGGCCUGGCCCCAGCAGACAGCCUGAACGACCCAGCGUCAGAGAGCAACACCAAUGAGCUGGCUGCCGCAGUGACCCAGGCUGCGGCCCGAUUGGCUCCGUCCUGCACCUUAACCCCCACUCAGACAAUGAUGGUGACCAGCCCGGCUAAGAUACAGGCAGCUACAACCAUGGCAGAGGUGGUCAAUGGAAUAGAGUCUGCCGCUGGGAGGCCAGCACCUCCUCCUGCGGUGGCCAAAGCCCCGCUGAAGAAAGACAACCAGUGGUUUGACGUUGGCAUCGUCAAGGUGACCAACACGGUGGUCACGCACUACUACCUACCCGACGAAGACGCGGCUGCCGUUGACGAUGACUCUGGGACGAUCCCGGACUACAGUCAGAUGAGGAAGAUGGAUCUCCAGCCAGGGACGGCCUAUAAAUUCAGAGUGGCCGGGAUCAACACCUGUGGUCGGGGGAACUUCUCAGAGGUCUCGGCCUUCAAGACGUGUCUACCGGGCUUCCCCGGAGCUCCCUGUGCUAUCAAGAUCAGCAAGAGCCCAGACGGCGCCCACCUGACCUGGGAGCCUCCGUCGGUCACAUCUGGUAAGAUCAUUGAGUACUCGGUGUACCUGGCCAUCCAGAGCGCCCAGAGCGGGGAGCAGGCCAAGCCCACCACCACCACCACCCCAGCCCAGCUGGCUUUCAUGCGGGUGUUCUGUGGGCCCAACCCUUCCUGCCUGGUGCAGUCGUCCAGCCUCUCCAACGCACACAUAGACUACACCACCAAGCCUGCCAUCAUCUUCCGCAUCGCAGCUCGCAACGAGAAAGGUUACGGCCCUGCCACGCAGGUCAGGUGGCUCCAAGAGAUUAGUAAAGAUGGCCUUGCAGGUAAACCUACCGUGAAGCGACCAGGUUCCUCACCUGACAUGAAACCUGCUGGUCCGAAGAAGGCCAGAUCAGACCAGUGAGGGGUUACCUUCCUCUCCCCUUGUUGUCCAUGAUGACUAUGACUGAACUGAAUACAACACCUUCCUACUGAAUACAAUACCGCAGGCUCCACCUAGACCCGGACUCCAACCUCUACCAGAACCCCAUCUAACCCUACAACAGCACAUCCUGAACCCAGACCAGCCCCAUCCUGAACCCAGACCAGCCCCAUCCUGAACCCAGACCAGGCCCUCCAUCCUGAACCCAGACGAGGCCCUCCAUCCUGAACCCAGACCAGGCCCCCCAUCCUGAACCCAGACCAGCCCCAUCCUGAACCCAGACCAGCCCCAUCCUGAACCCAGACCAGCCCCAUCCUGAACCCAGACCAGCCCCAUCCUGAACCCAGACCAGCCCCAUCCUGAACCCAGACCAGCCCCAUCCUGAACCCAGACCAGCCCCAUCCUGAACCCAGACCAGCCCCAUCCUGAACCCAGACCAGCCCCAUCCUGAACCCAGACCAGCCCCAUCCUGAACCCAGACCAGCCCCAUCCUGAAACCAGACCAGGCCCCCAUCCUGAACCCAGACCAGGCCCCCCAUCCUGAACCCAGACCAGGCCCCCAUCCUGAACCCAGACCAGGCCCUCCAUCCUGAACCCAGACCAGGCCCCCCAUCCUGAACCCAUACCAG